AUGCAAUCUCGGGUGCCUUCAUCAAGUUUCGGUGGUCUCAAAGAAGAACCUUUGAGAGCUUCAUGGCCAGCUAUGCUUGUCGAUCCUAGUUGUUACCUCUAUUCGACCAUUGGCGUCGGUUCGGCCCAUUUUGAAAGGCAACCACCAAACAAUUUACGUAAAAGCAACUUUUUUCAUUUUACCGUGGCUCUCUACGAUCGCAGUAAUAAACCAAUCGAAAUCGAGCGUACAGCAUUUGUUGGUUUCGUGGAAAAAGAAAUGGCAGCGAUUGCAAUCACGCGAUGGUUUCUAUAUCAAGAUGAACCGGAUGGAAUACGUACGAAUAACGGUAUUCAUUAUCGACUUAAUUUGUAUUAUCCAGCAAUAAACUAUCGACAUGAACAGGAUAUUUACGUUCGAAUGAUUGAUUCUAACACGAAACAACCAAUUGUAUACGAAGGCCAAGACAAAAAUCCAGAAAUGUGCCGUGUUUUACUAACUCAUGAAGUGAUGUGCAGUCGUUGUUGUGACAAAAAAUCAUGUGGUAAUCGAAACGAAACACCAUCGGAUCCGGUUGUUGUCGAACGGUUUUUCCUCAAAUUUUUUCUCAAAUGUAAUCAAAAUUGUUUGAAAAAUGCGGGUAAUCCACGUGAUAUGCGUCGAUUCCAGGUGGUCUUAUCAACAACAGUUGGUCUUGAAACACCCUUAUUGGCAGUAUCAGAAAACAUGUUUGUUCAUAAUAAUUCAAAACAUGGUCGACGUGUACGACGGCUCGAUCCCAUCGACGGAGAAUCACUGAUUCCACCACCAGUCAUCAAACAUAUUCAACCGAACGAAGGCUGGGUUGUCGGAGGACAAGUCGUUCUCAUUCUUGGCGAAAACUUUUUCGAUGGUCUUCAAGUUAUGUUCAAUAAUAUGGUUGUUUACAGUGAAGUUCUUACACCAGGCGCUAUUCGCGUACACACGCCAUCACGACAUAAUCCAGGCGUAGUAGAUGUGACACUUUCCUAUAAAGGUAAACAAUUAUGUCGAGAUUGCCCUGGACGUUUUACGUAUAUAACAAUGCAAGAUCCAACUAUCGAAUACUCAUUGCAACGCUUAAUGAAAUUGUUACCGAAACAUACUGACGAUCCCGAUCGUUUAUCCAAAGAAACGAUUCUUAAGCGUACAGCUGAUUUACUUGAACAAUGGUAUACCAUGUCAGGCAACCCACAUCAUUUUGCUCUUCCCACACCACCAAGCGAUCAUGAAAACGAUUCUACUUAUUACAUGUCAUCAUUGGAAGGCUACUCACGAAAUCAAACAGCACCGAUGUCACCACGCAGUUACAGCGCAUACAGCAAUGCAUAUGGGUCAGCUGCACCAUCCUACGGUGUACCGUCGCCUGGCUUCUUGAACGUUAAUCGUCAAAAUGGUUUGUCCUUCGUAUGUCAAACAGCACUCAAACAACAUUAUCAUCAACAGUAUGAUAGUGCUUUUAAAUCACCCCUUUCCAUCAAUUCUCUUCAUCAAUCCACCGCAUUAACCAAUUGGAAUAAUUUAUUGAUCAACUCUAAUUCGUCAUCGUCUACUUGUUCGUCAAUGAAUGACUAA